AUGUUUAUCUCCGGAGUUCUUUACUGGUUUUGUUUUCUAUAUGGCGUAGUGCUGGCGCAACAUGAAGGUAUGAAUAUGGACAUGUCAGCUAAUCAUAUGCCAGGAAAUGAAAAAAAUGGAAGUUUAGAGCCUGUUCCACAUGAAAGUAAGCAUAACCAUGGGAUGCCAAUUCUCAUGACAGAUCUAACUCCUGCGGAGAGGAAAUACUGGGAAUCAUAUAAUACUACUACCUAUUUUACAAUGAAGACGGGGAAUAAAAAGGCUCUUACGUACCAUGCGGUGACAUUAUUUUCGGCAACGGUAGUAACGUAUCCUGUGAGUAUGGUAUUAAAAAGUGCUGGAUCGAACUGGUACCUGCCGAUGUUAGCUUCACAUUAUGCGGUACUUGCCUCUUCUCUUUUGGCGCUUUCAGCCUUUGAUCUCUCGUUGUCGGAAAGCCUUUAUCCUAAUAAUGUAUAUCGCAAGAUGACUGGUAUAUUGGUAGUAUUGGGAAUAGUGCACGCGGUAUCUGCGGUUGUUAGUUUCGCCGGAGGAAUGCUAUUAAACGAGGACAUCAAUAGAUUCCAUAAUCCUUUCAUCCCAUUGUCGAAUCUCGAUGAAAUGGGGAGGAAUAUUUCCGAUGCGGCUUCAUCUUCAUUUGCCUCAACAAUUAGGCAAGAUAAGUCCUCUAUGAGUGACAGCACGAGGGACGGAGUGGAACCUCCCAACGUGACGAGAAAUGACUCGUUUUCAAUUAACGAAUAUGUCGCCACACAAGACUUAGAGCAGGAUGAGCCAAAUUUGCGUAAUUGGUCUAACAAAAGAGUUUUCGGACAAAGCUAUAUGUCUAAAAUUCUCCAGGGAGCCUUUUUGCAAAAGUUAGCGCGCAACUUUGGAGCCGUUUUUUCAGUUGUAUUUAGCGUGACGAAUUUUGUCCUGUUUAUAUACCUAAUAGUCUACAUGGUGAUAGGUGUUGCUGUGGGAAAUUUAUUUGGCAAAGAAAGGCACAUUUUCAAUCUUCUUGCGCACUGGAUCAAGGGCGGUGUAUUUAUUUUGCUAGGUAUCCUAUCUUUUGCCAGGUAUUGCGGUUUUGGCGUGGAAAGAGGUUGGGCGUGGAAUAACUUUAUCGUUUUGAAGAAUGAGGAUCAAAAUGCGUCUGUUUGGAAUAUAUUCUCGUCGAAAAACAUCAUAACGAUGGAGGGGAUUGAGUCGUUUUUGAUUUUCUUUUAUGGGUCUACCAACGUUUUCCUUGAGCAUCUAGGAAAUUAUGGAGGAGCAUGGACUGCUAUGGAUCUACAGCAUGCUUCUAUUGCAUUUAUGUUUAUCGGAUGCGGGCUAUGUGGUCUUCUUACAGAGUAUCUGUUACGCGAAUGGAGAUGGAAUCAGGUAAUGAAGGCUACAAAAGUCAAUAAGACUGCCGUAUCUUCAGCUACGCCUGGGUUCUCCCCUAAUCCUUUCCCAACAAUGACCAUUUUCUGGACAGGUUACCUAAUGUCUCAGCAUGAGCAGUCGUCGCACUUAUCCACUGCCGUCCAUAUGCAAUGGGGUAAUUUAUUAUCCUACGGGUCUGUAUUCAGGCUCUUCACUUUUCUUUACUUGACCUUCAAACCGUCCGUAAACUGUGGUCCCACAUUCCCUUUCACCGAAGUAAUUACAUCGUUCUGCUUAAUAUGCGGCGGUCUAAUAUUUAUGGAAUCCACCGAACAGGUAGUAUACGGCAUGGAAUAUCGAGGUCUCACACCAAUGUUCACGUUCAACGUCAGUGUUGGUGUUGUAGCGCUCCUAAUGGCUUGGGAAAUGUCACUUUUCUUAUGGAAGAACUGGUUGGUAAAAAAUCGGAACUAA